ACAUGCACAAGAUGAUUUGCAAAGACUCAUCAAUUCCAACACCCAUGGAACACAUCACACAGUACGAUUCAACGACCCCAUAAUCACAGGCGUUGAUGAACCAAUCCAUGGAAUUCCGCCAUCAUCGAAUUCAUCUUCCAUCCAUGUGGGAUCGAGUGCAUCGACAUCUGCUGGAAUCGAGGACAGAGAUUUCUCGAUGGGCUCCAUUUACUCCGGGCCGGAGGAUGACCUCCCGGUGCCAUCUUUGAUGGAAUUCGUAGACCAGCCAGGACACUUCCCCAGGCAUUCGAUAUGGGGCCAGAGGAGGAAUGCUCCAGAGCUUCACCCUGGCCACUGUGGGCAAUACUCCUGUGUUGCCCACCCGUUCAAGCUCAUCGGUGUCAAUGGCGGAUGUCGAAAUGACCGAAUCGUUGAUGCCGCUCUUGAUAUAUUGGUUGUUUGCACACCAUCAACAUCAAAACCCACUUCACUGAUGUCAGAGCAGGAGUUGCUUCGCAUGUCGAAAUCAAUCCUGCGCAUCAACAGCCUUGAUGACAAUGCUAAUAUCCUCGAACUCGAGCGACCUUUCCACACUGCAUUCGCUGACAAUACGGACAAGCUCCAUUGGGCAACAAAGGAUCUGAGGCAAAUGGAGAAGGCAGAGGUGAUGAAUCUCAAGCUAUCCCAUAUGCUCGAUCGCUUCAUAACACAGGUCCAGGAUGACUGGCAUACACAACAGGGUAUGAAGCUCCAGUCACUCGAGGCAUACAUCAUCCCAGUGGAGAGUAGCUGCUUCGAUUAUCAUUCUCCAGUGAAGGAGUCUCUCAAGCAUACAUCAUCCCAACAAAGGAGUCCCUCGAAGCAUACAUCAUCUGAGAUAAGUAUUCCCAUUGAUGCUGAUAAUCCAGUGAAGGAGUCUGUUGAAGCAUACAUCAUACCAGGUAAUGAGGAAUCCCUCGAAGCAUAUAUCAUCCAAGAUAAGUACCUCCCUUGA